GUUUCUUUUAUCAACACCCAUUAACGUCAUCAGAUUUCUUUUUCGACCAUCUAAAAAAUAUACUAUACGAGAUGAGGUCGUUAUUGUUCUUAGCGGCAGUAUGCUGCUUAGUUUUGUCGGCAUAUGCGAGCCCUAUCUCGCGGCCUGAGGAAUCGGAGGUGAAGGAAGUGGGAAGGCAAGCAGCUGCGGCUGCGCCUGCGGCUGCCGCUCCCGCCGCUUCGUCUGAUGACGAUGACGAUGAUGAUGAAGAUGACGAUGAUGACGACGUUGACCUCGAUGACCCACUAGACGAUGAUGACGAUGACGAAGAAGAAGAAGACGAGGAAGAAGCUGAUGAUGAUGAGGAUGAUGAUUACUUAGAAAGAUUCUUUGACGAUAUAUUAGGAGGCGAAGAUGAUGAUGACGAUGAGGAUGAACCAUCAGGUGUACAGUCAGUCGUGGCUCCAUCCUUUACUGAGGCAGCUGGACCCGCGGCUGCCCCUGUUGCAGCUGUAGAAGCCGUCGCAGCCUCGGAAGAGGUUGAGGCAGUUGAAGGAGAAGCUGCCGCAGAAGGCGAUGAGCCAGAAGCUGGACAGAAAGAACCCUCCAGCGCCGAAGUCGAGGCACCCGUAGCGGCUAGUUCAGAAGUUGCUGCUGACAGUGAAGACGAUGAAGAGGAAGACGACGAUAUUACUGACGCACUAGACCCCGAGGACGAUGAUGAAGACGAAGAGGAGGAGGAUGAUGACGACGAUGAGGACGACGAUCUUUCUGAUGCUCUUGGCAGAAACAAACAAGCACGUGCUUUGACCGAUGAACCAGUGAAGAAACCCCCGGUACCUGCAAUCUACAUAGUUAAAUAUAACAGAUUUGUAGACAAUAUUCUCGAAAAAAUGAACGAUAUAUUGAGAAGAUCAUACGACCCAGUCAAUGUAAAAUUGCAGCCUAUAGAUGCAAACAAAAAGACGACAAAGCCGAAGAAGAACCAAAAGAAGACAAACAAAAGGAAAACUUCAAACAAAAAAAAUAAUUCCGCUCGUGGAGGAGACAGUGAAAAGAAAGAUAGUGAAAAUAUCCCGGAAAAAAAAUUAGAGAACAAUAAGGUUAAAGAGGAGGAGGAAAUUAACAAAAUCACACCAGAACCAGUUGUGGCUGAAUCAAGAGCAUCAAAGGUGAAAGCAACCACUAAAGCAAAAUCAACAACCCCGAAGCCAAAACCAACUAAAUCAACAACUAAGCCAAAACCUAAGCCGCCAACAAAAACCACAACAAAGAAGCCAUCCAAUAAAAACAAAGUUAAGACUUCCGAAAAAAGCAAGCCAAGGGCCAAAGGUACACUGUAUGGAUUGUCUUCUUUGAGAAGGAAUGGUGACGUUGCUGUUAAUAUUAUGACAGACCACACUACAGUAAAGAGCAAUUUCGCAGUCGGUCCGCUCAUAUUAAGAGUUGAGAAGGAGGUUGGGCGAGGUGCGAAGAAAGAAAUCAAGUCAGCCACAGCUACAACCGCGGAAAUGAUGGGAAAGCUUACACUACGCGUCAACAACGAGGGAGUUGCCACUUUGCAUUCUAUAAAAGUGUUACAGCCUAAACAGGUGCGUGUGGACAGCAACCACGAGAGAACGCGUGAGUUGGUCUGGCAACGUAGCGCACGCAUCGCCCACGUGGUAUCAGAGAAACUGAGGUCCGCAUCCAAACCUAUGUUCCUCCAGCAGCCUGUAGUCAGGCAAUAA